AACGCGACGUGGUUCAGUCAUCCGGAGACUGGUCGGCCGUGGACCAACUACACCAAGUGUGUCAACCUCUACAGCAUGGAGCUGCACCAGUUCGUCAACCUGGUCUACGUCGUGGGCUACGCGGCCUCAAUAGCGGCCAUCGUCGUCUCCCUCUGCAUAUUUUUCUACUUCAAGUCGCUGAAGUGCACGCGUGUGAGCAUCCACAAGAAUCUGUUCGUGUCGUUCCUGGUGAACAACGUCCUGUGGCUCGUGUGGACCACCGUAGUCACCAGCAACACCCGCGUGCUUCUGCUCAACCCUGUGUGGUGUCAGCUGCUGCAUGUGCUCAUGCACUAUUUCCUGGUGAGCACCUACUUCUGGAUGUUGUAUGUGCUCAUGCACUAUUUCCUGGUGAGCACCUACUUCUGGAUGUUGUGUGAGGGCUUGUACCUACACACCAUCCUCGUCGUGACGUUUGUGGCCGAGGGGCGCCUGCUCCGCUUCUUCCUCCUGCUGGGCUGGAUCUUUCCGGUGCCUCCUACGGCGCUCUACGCCACCUUCAGGAGUCUUGACGUGCACGCGGUGAGGGCAACCCUCAUCCUGGUUCCCCUGCUUGGCCUUCACUAUCUCCUGACGCCCUUCAGGCCUUCAUCAGGCUCCGCCAUGGAGAAGUCCUACCUCAUCCUCUCCGCCAUCGUCUCGUCCUUCCAGGGCCUCGCCGUGUCGCUGCUCUUCUGCUUCUUCAACGGCGAGGUGGUGGCGGUGCUACGCAAGAAGUGGCGGCAGCGGCGGCUGAUGACCGCGCCACUCUGCAUAUAUGAUCCAAGACCUACUUAUUACAAGGCGAGCCUGGCGGACGGCCUCACGCAGGUGACGGCCUUCAACGCUGCUGGGGACGAAGAUGACGUGUGGCCGUCGCUGAGUCCCCGACCGUCCCCGUGCGCCUCGCCGUCCCCUCAGGCCUACGGAGGGCACAAGCCUCACGACCCAAAUAAAAAUUAA